AGAAAUCGCCAAGAGAUUGAACACAAUUUGUGCACAAGUCAUCCCAUUUUUGUCUCAGGAACAUCAGCAGCAAGUGGCACAAGCUGUAGAACGUGCCAAACAAGUGACCAUGGCUGAACUGAAUGCCAUCAUCGGGGUACGUGGCCUUCCAGGUCUACCUCCUACACAGCAGCAGUUGCAGGCUCAACAUCUCUCCCAUGGCCAUGGACCUCCAGUGCCUCUAACACCGCAUCCAUCAGGACUUCAGCCUUCAGGAAUCCCUCCACUCGGAAGCACUGCUGGCCUCCUUGCCCUUUCUAGUGCUUUGGGUGGGCAGUCUCACUUGGCAAUAAAAGAUGACAAGAAGCAUCACGAUGCAGAACACCACAGAGACAGAGAGCCGGGCACAAGUAAUUCUCUGUUGGUCCCAGACGGUCUGCGAAGCACAGAUAAACGCAGGAAUGGCCCUGAAUAUACCAAUGACAUCAAAAAGAGAAAGGUGGAUGAUAAGGAUUCCAGCCACUAUGACAGUGAUGGGGACAAGAGUGAUGAUAACUUGGUUGUAGAUGUAUCCAAUGAGGAUCCCUCCUCCCCACGGGCAAGUCCUACUCAUUCACCACGUGAAAAUGGUAUAGAUAAAAGCCGCCUGCUGAAGAAAGAUGCCUCUAGCAGUCCAGCAUCUACAGCCUCUUCAGGAAGUUCCACUUCCCUCAAAUCCAAAGAAAUGAGUUUGCAUGAAAAAGCCAGCACGCCUGUUCUGAAAUCCAGCACACCGACUCCUCGAACUGACGUGCCAACCCCAGGCACUAGUGCAACUCCAGGACUUCGUCCAGGCCUUGGCAAGCCUCCAACAAUGGACCCUCUGGUUAACCAAGCUGCCGCAGGUUUGCGGACACCUUUGGCAGUACCAGGGCCAUACCCUGCUCCAUUUGGAAUGGUGCCUCAUGCUGGCAUGAAUGGAGAGCUAACCAGUCCAGGGGCAGCCUAUGCCAGUCUGCACAACAUGUCACCCCAGAUGAGUGCUGCUGCUGCUGCAGCUGCUGUGGUUGCCUAUGGAAGAACUCCUAUGGUUGGGUUUGAUCCUCCUCCUCACAUGAGAGUACCUGGAAUCCCUCCAAAUCUAGCAGGCAUUCCUGGAGGAAAACCAGCCUACUCCUUUCACGUUACUGCAGAUGGUCAGAUGCAGCCUGUUCCUUUUCCUCCUGACGCUCUCAUCGGUCCAGGAAUCCCUCGCCAUGCCCGCCAGAUCAACACUCUGAAUCACGGGGAAGUUGUGUGUGCAGUUACCAUCAGCAACCCCACAAGACACGUGUACACGGGUGGCAAGGGCUGCGUUAAAGUCUGGGACAUCAGCCAGCCUGGGAACAAGAGCCCUGUUUCUCAGCUGGACUGCCUGAUGAUUUGUGUUGUACAGAACAGAGAUAACUACAUCCGCUCUUGUAAAUUGCUGCCUGAUGGAUGCACCCUAAUAGUUGGCGGGGAAGCCAGCACAUUAUCCAUAUGGGACCUGGCAGCACCAACUCCUCGUAUAAAAGCAGAGCUGACAUCCUCAGCCCCUGCCUGCUAUGCUCUGGCUAUCAGCCCUGAUUCCAAGGUGUGCUUUUCGUGCUGCAGUGAUGGGAACAUUGCAGUGUGGGAUCUGCACAAUCAGACAUUGGUCAGGCAAUUCCAGGGCCACACAGAUGGAGCCAGCUGUAUUGACAUUUCUAAUGAUGGUACCAAGCUCUGGACAGGGGGUUUGGAUAACACUGUCAGAUCCUGGGACUUGAGAGAGGGGAGACAGCUACAACAGCAUGACUUCACAUCACAGAUAUUUUCCCUUGGUUAUUGUCCUACUGGUGAAUGGCUAGCCGUGGGAAUGGAGAGCAGCAAUGUGGAAGUGCUACAUGUAAAUAAACCAGACAAAUAUCAACUGCACCUUCAUGAAAGUUGUGUAUUGUCACUCAAAUUUGCUUACUGUGGUAAAUGGUUUGUGAGUACUGGGAAAGAUAACCUUCUUAAUGCAUGGAGAACUCCAUAUGGAGCCAGUAUCUUCCAGUCCAAAGAAUCUUCAUCAGUGCUUAGCUGUGACAUCUCUGUGGAUGAUAAGUACAUAGUCACUGGCUCUGGAGACAAAAAAGCUACAGUCUAUGAAGUUAUCUACUGAAAAAUGUGCUGGGGGAUAUAAUUUCUAAAAAAGUUGAACUGGGCCAAAAUUGUUCUUAAUUAUAGAAGUAGAAAGGUUUUGCCUUUUAAAAAGGAACGAGAGUAUUGAGGUUCCAGACCUUGUCAUGAAACUACUCCGAUUUUUCAAAGUAGAAGGCAACAUCCAGCAACUAAAUAUUGGCUACGUGGACCAAACAGAACACAGAGGCAAGAUGGACAGAUGUAGCGUAGUUUUUUGACGUAGUUUAAAGCCAAGUCUGCUGAAGAAUGUUGAAGCCUUUUUUUUUGACCUCAUGCAAAUUGUUCUCAUUGCCUGAAUAUGGGGAUAACCUUUUCUGUUCCUUGCAAUUCAACUUCCAUUCUGUCCUGUGUAGAGCAGCAGUGUCUCAGAUGAACUUGUUUCCUGGUUCUGCAUCUUGUGAUACGUUUUUGUAUUUUUGUUGAAGGUCAAACAUUUGUAUAAAUUGUAAAUAUAUUUAGUUUAUUACAGUAAAAGCUUUAGUACAAACAACCACUCUUCUCCCCCCCCUCCCUCCACCCCCUGCUUAUUUAAAAAAACUUUUGGGGAUAUAAGUACCUUUUUAGAAGCAAAAGCAAACACUAUGUAUAGUUUGAAAACUGUCUUAUUCUUUAUAACUCUUCGUAGAUUUCUUUAUCGUACUUCAAAGUAAUUGUUUGACAUAUUAGGAUAUCAAUCCAGUAGAUACUGUCUUGUGCUGCAGAAAAACGAAAAGGCAAUUUUGUACUAAUUAUAGUGUAAAUACAAAAAUUGAACAUUUCAUAAAGUUGUGCAGUUUAUUUUAAGUUUAUUUUGAUGUCCCAUGUAUAUGUUCUUUGGCAGAUACAUUAAUAUGUGCCUGAUCAUAAUUAUUUUGGUUGUCUCUCUAGAAGAGGAGAUGAUGUCCCUCUUGUCUCUCCCACAGCUGAACAGAGUUCAUGAAGGACUAUGUUUCAACUAAGUACAUCAGAGGCUUUAUUCUUUUAACUGAGGAUGUCUAUGAUUAAACAAAGCUAGAUAAGUUGUGUCCUUCAUAUUUUACAGAGGAAAAGUGGUAGCUAAUAACCGUUUCCUUUUUAAUGGCUUGUCUAUACAUAGAUACUCAGGUAAAUUUAAUUAAAUUACCAAAGUGUGCGUUUUACAGGGGAUUUACUUAAAUGAUGUUAAAUACUUGCAGGGGCUGCAAGUGAAGUGAAUUAACCUAAAUUAAGUUAAACUUGCUUCUUAAUUUCUUGUGAGAGUAUUGAUAAAGGAAUUUUUUUGCUUAUUAACUAAUACACUGUAUACAUUAAUUAGAACUAAUUUUCUAGUGUCUCAUAUUAGGCAGGCCUAUAGGUUCUAUGUAUCCAUACUGAGCAGUCUUUGAGUCCCUCAACUGUUGCAUCAGCGUGACAUCUCUGAAGAGCUAUGCUGAGCAGCCAGUUACCAAAGUUUUAUAAGUCUUCAAAUCAAGUUUUCUCGAUGUACGCAAGAGAAAUGGAUGAGGAGAGAAUGUGUACGUUUUAUUCUAGCUAUGGGGAUUUUUUUGUUUUUGUUUUUUUCAAAUUAGUGAGUUCUGCCAGUGUGCUGGACAAACCUAGCUGUUGUGCCAGUGAGGGCCAUAUAUUUCCUAUGUUCUGUAAUUUUAUUAGAACUUGUGUUGCUAAGGGAGAUCACAGAUGAACAGAAGGAUAUCUUUGAACAAAAUAUUCAGUUUACACAAACUGGCCAGAAGUUAAGACUCAUCUUUGAAAAGCUACUUUUUCAUUUCGCUGUCAUUUGACAGUAACUUAUAUCCAUGCUUUAUCAAAGACUCAUAACCAGGAAAAAUGAAGUUUGACUGACAGAGGCAUUGACUGGAUAUGGAAUUUCCCAUCUGGGGGUCAAACCUUCUCUUUGAUUUCCAGUCUGAAGAGACAGUUUUCUUUUGAAUUUACAUGACCAUUCUACUGAACCGUUUCAUAGCAUCUAGAAUUGUAGUAGCAUUAAAACAUAGAAUUUGCGUUUGGAAUGUGAAAUGUUAAUCAUUCAGGAUAAUGUAGUUUCCUAGACGUUUAAAAUUAGUGUUCUAUCCAUAUGUAUCUAUAUAUUUGUCUAUAGCUGUGUUGUGAAUAUGUAUCUGUAUGAAAAUAACAGACCAGCUUUAGGUGGUGGUCAUGUUCCUUUCACACAUAGUGAUGCAAAAGCAGAAUCUUCAGGCUUUUCAAAAAAAGAAUUCUAUUUGCUACACUCAAAUACUGUGAAGUGUUAUGCCAUUUUAAAAUGAGCGUUUUUUUAAAAAAGUUUGUACUAGGUUACUUAAUUUUUAGGCUGACCCUGCUUUCAUAUAGAAGUUAUUCCAGACAUCUGACUCUGUCUGCUUAGUAGGAGCACUGGCAAAGGCCAAGACAACAAUUUGCUCCACUUGGGAACAUUUGGAUUUCUUCCAAGGAAAUAUACAGUCACCUUGGCUUUUAAUUCACAAGUAUUCUUUUUCUUAAAAGCUGAUAGUGGAGAAUCCAACAAUGCAAAUAUUUACAUAACUUUUGAAAAUAAACAUAUGUAUGUCAUGGUUCUGCUAUAAGUUGCACCAUAGUACUUGUUAGUAAGACUGACCACAUUGUUGGCAAUCUAGAGGUUCAAAAUGAUACCAUCAGGAAAAUCAUGACAUAUCUUGUCUUUGUCAGUCAUAGUGAGAGCUGCUAUGGAACGGGAUAUUAUUUAUGCAUGUGCAUUAAUUUAAUCAUAUUUAUACAUGAUGUUUUUUCAAUUGUAAUGAUUUUUUUUCUCCCAGUCAGAUCUACUUGUAAGCCUUGGAUCUGAAAGCACGAGGACUCAAUGUACAGUAGUCCUCUCAAUUUCUCAUUUCAUGUUUCUCCUUAUAUUUUACAAAAGUUUUUUUCAUUUGUCACAGUCAAAUAUAUUCCACCAACAGACACAUUUUUUAAUGAAACGAUGGAUUUGAUGAAAUCUUGGCAUGUCUCUUAACUAUUACCUACAAGAUUUAAAACUUGUAGAGCUUGAAACUUGUGUAAAUUCCUUUAGCACUGUAUAAAGUAGUGAUUGGAGAUAACUGCAUCUUGAAUGAAGAAACAGACCAAACCAGACCAGCAGUAACAGGGCACUGGGCAAGAAAAUGGAAAAAAGGGUGCAGCAGUAACUCUGGGGUAGGUAAUUAUUAUUUUCUGUCAAUUUAAUUACAAUCUUAAAAGAUUCCUUUGAUUAGCCCCUUUCUGGGACAUUCUUUGUUUGCUGGGUGGCCCUCAGUAUUCAGAGAUGUCUGAAUGCCACUCUGGCAAACAGUAACGCCAGACAGAAGCAGGGAGUCCUUACAAAUGACAUACUGGAUGUCAGUGCAAACAAUAACUGGUGAACGGGAGAUUUGUGGUAGCAUCAAUUCAACUGAACUAAAUUCUUUGCAAGUUCUAAAUACUAUAUUUUGUACGUGUACUAGGCAUCAACUUUUAUAAGUCAGUUGUGCAUAACAUCAUGACAAUAUUCCAUGCAAUACCGUUGUCAGUGUGGCAGGGUACAUCUUUUUUUACUAUAAUUCAAAACAAAGAUAUUUCCCCACAUCAACCCACAAGUCUCUAGUUCUUGAGAAAUAAUUUUCAUCCACAUUAAUUCUUUCAAAUUCAUUUAACAUUUCAAAAGCAUUUAUUUUUUAAAGGGAAGAGGAAACUCCAAAAGGAAGAGGGAGCACCAAAAGGAAUAUGAAGUUCAUAUCAUUUAUUUUUUUAAUAAGCAUCAAAAUGCAAUCUGUCAUUUCAUCACAUAAAUACUUUUCUGUAUAAAUGACUGACCACUUUUUGUCUCAUCUUUGCAUUGGUAGUGCAGGUAGAAUUUCCAGAAGCAUCUGAUUUACUACAGUGACAUAAAUGCAGACAGACAAAUUGAUGCUUUGGUACGUUUUUUUGUUUGGCUGUUUGUUUGUUUGUUUUUCCCCUAAAUGACUGCCCAUACGUUAACUUAUGGGAUCAUGCUAUCUAGUUGCAGUCCUUCAUACUUCCUGUUGUAUUGAUGCAAUUUUGAGUUGUUGGGGGAAGUUCCACCAUUCCAGUGAUUUUAAAAAAAAAAACAACAACAAAAAUGGAUCUUAAUAUUUGCACGCUAAAGAAGAGUGGAAGAGUGCUGAAUCCACAUUUCAGACUCAUGACAGUGCUACACCUUAUGCCACUUAGCUGGAGAAGCUGAACUGUCCUCAACUGUGUGGUCUCUUGAAAGGAUUUUCUCUCCUCUCUCCUCGUCCUCUCUCCUCGUCCUCUCUUCUUUUUUUUUCACCAAAAAUGCAUAGAAAUAAUGUGAGAUGGUAGGUGUAUACAAGACUUGAGUCAGUUUCAUCAUCAUGUCAUUUUGAGUCCUUUUUUAACAGAAUGGGAGAGCUGAAGCAACUCAGUGUAGUACCUGGUGAACACCAGAAAGAAUGAAAGAGUUGAGGGCAAAGAAUAAAUAAGGAAAGAGAUCACCUAUUGCUCCAACCUGUUUUAGUGGUAGUUUAACAAGUGAUCCACAAAAUUUACUUAGAACAAAGUUUCAGUAUGCAAUUUCACUGAAGACUAUUUCUCCAUAAAUUUUCUGCCUGGUAAUUCAAGGACACCUGAACUGGAAUUGGAAGUGGACGUUUCUUUGACAUUCAUAAGCAGUCAUAUAAUCCUGAGAGGAAAGGGAGUUAAAUCACAACCAGUUCUCAACAUUUUCCAUUACCUAAUAUUUUUGUAGCUAAAGCUCAGCUUUCCAGCAAUUGAUAAUCCCAUUUUCAGCAACAUGCUCCCAGAUGUCCCAUUGCAGCUUAAGUGCUUAGUGCAGCAUGGUAAAUUUGGCUAGGGAAACUAGACAUACAGUGGUUUAAAAAUCUGCCUUGUGGUUCUAGCUUACUGUCAUUUCUGAGUUUACUCAAUUUCUGUUGAACUAUAUAGGAGACCUCAUCCACUCAUUAAAAAAGAAAUAUCUCUAAAAGAACCAAAACAGUGUUUUGAACACAUUUUAGCACGUGGGUGUGGGGAUUUUUUGCUUUUGAGUUUAUUUUUUUCUUUGUAACUUAAAAAAAAAAAAUCUAUAAAUUCAAUACAAGAAAACACAAAGAGAAAUAAGAGUGAGUUAGGAGUGCUUUAUUUUCAGUGGGCAGAAUGUUCUUAAAGAUGCUGUACCUCAAAACAAAGGAAUCUAUCACUUCUACAAUAUAAUAAUUCUUGAGAAAUCUUGAUUUGUGUUUCUUUGGAGCUAAAGUGCUUCUCUCAGAAAACAAAGUUGGUGACGGGGGGACUCACAUCAUUUAUACUUUCAAAUCUGAGGAGGUAGUUUUGUUGUUUUUUUUUUUUCUUUUUCUCUCCAUAUUCCUUAUUGUCACGUUCCACAGCUUGCUCCUAGAAGCUGAACAUCAAACUGCGCCCUUUCUGGCUCACGCUCCAGUAAGAAUUUUGUGUCUAACAAGUCUGUUGCUGAUGCAUAGACCACAGGAAAAUCUGUGGUCUACGAAUCUUUCAGUGGAUAGCUGCAUAGAUAGUAUCAGCCAAUGUAUGUUGUAAUAAUUUCCUUUAGUAAAGCAAGUAACCAGGGAUAAGGUAGUGUCAUUGUUCAUACUUUUAUUGUUUGCAGAAUUAUUGGUCAGUGUAGUUGACUCACUGUAUAAAAAUUCUGUGGUGGCUCCUGAGGUAAAAAGUUGAUUUUGAGAUUGUUUCUCUCCUAAAAGUUCACAUGCACUUUUUCCCACAGUAAGAUUAUAUUGAUUCAUAGAGAGACACUGCAAGGAGCACUAGACAGUUGCUAUUGCACACUUGGCAAGGGCUGUCUGUAUUAUGUUUACAGUACAAAGGUACAGUAUCUCUUGAACCUUAUUUCUAUCUGUCUUUUUUUGUUUUGUUUUUGCCAAGGAUGAGUUAGGCAAAGAUAACACAUAGUUUGGAGAUUAAGUAAUCAAACAUACUAUUAUAUUUUCCUUACCCCCUUUAUAUACUCUGACAUUAGCAUAAAAAGUGGAGGUGAUGGCUUGUAACUGAAAAAUAGUAAACACCAGUUUUCUUUCAAGAACAGAUUUUAAUGGCAGUUUUAAAAAGUUAACAAGCAGAAUGAAAGAAUCAUAAAUGGAAGCUAACCCAUAGCAUUGGGAAACUUAAAAAUCACUUGUUACUUCCCGGGUAGUGAGCCUAAUUUGUUUAAAAUAAAAUCCAUCUGUUCAUUUCACAGUCUUUAUUCCACUUCCUUACAACAAUCCACAGUGGAUUACUCCAUUACUUUAAAAAUUGGCUGCAAUUAUGAUAAGCUAAUAACUCUUAUUUUGUGGUUUGCUGUAGCAAGAUGUUUUGGAGAACAACCAAGCUUUCCUUUAUUCUUAAAAAAUAAUCCAGCUAUUGGCUUAGAGGUUUGUUUGGUUGGUUGGUUUUCUGCAGCUGGACCUGAGUAUUUUCUUGAUAAGGUUUCAAGUAAAUAUAUUAUCUGAUGGCUUUACAAAUUUAAAGUAAUUUUUAUGGUUGGGGAAUCAGCCAAAGUCUGCCGUUGGGUAUGUAAAUGACCCCAAUGUCACUUUGGUAUUUGCUUAGAAUGUCAUGUGUGCCACAAAACUUUGGGGUUCAGCAAUCUGACUUUCAUGGCCACAUUAAAUUUACUUUCUGAAAUAAGCUUUUUCUACAGACACCAGUUUACUGCUGUGCUCCCAUGUGUCUCCUCUUGAAUGCGUAUUAGUCCUCUACAGAUUUUUCAUGUCUUUUACAUUAAUAAUAACUUUCUCUGUCUUUCUGAUUGAUAACUAUGUAGGGUGUGAAUUUCUAACAUCAGUUCAGUGACUAUUCACUAAUCUAGGAUAUGACUGAGUUUUAGAAUGUGUACUUCAAAAAGUUUAUAAACUUGUAUACAGAAAUCAUUAAUUGUAGUUUAAAUUCAAGAUUCUCAAGUCCUGGUAUUCUUUUGUGUUUUAUUAAUGAGUCCUUUAAAGAAAAUAUUUGUGGUUUUUGAAUGGUUUUGAUAGUUGUUUUUUUUUUUUAAAUUUGUUUAUGUAGAUGAUCAUCUUUGUUGAGUGCAAAUUAUUGACCUGGUACUCUAUUUAUAAUUUUUCCCUAGUUCUGCAAUACUUUUAGCUAGCUGUAACUUAUUAAAAAAGACAAAAAUGAAAUGGGGAUAUUAAUGGUGAGUGGUUGAAAUCUGAGAGUUUUCAAAUGUAUGUUAGAAUAUUUCAACGCUUUGUUCACUGUAAUUUUACUUUUUUUCAUUACUUAAGUAAUUAAAAAAAUCAUUAGGGUUGAAUUAUAGUAAAUUUCUAUACAUGUCAGUACGCUACACAAACUAAUUCUAUCUCCCAGUGGACAGCAAUAAUUUAGAUGGAUUUUUUUUUUAAUUCUACCUAAUUUAUUCUUAUUGACAGAGGGGGGAAAAAAUUAACCUUGCAAAUUUUGCUAAGUAUCAUGAGUAUUGUUGUUAGUUUUUAAUAAUCUCCAUGCCUUCAAAAACUUGUUCUUCUAUAUUUUGAAGUGAAACAUACAGAUAUACAGGGUACUGUAAUAAAAUGUGUUUACAGUAUUUAUCCCCUGGGUUUGCAGUAAUAGAAAGGGGGAAGUGCAGUGACAGAUAUAACUUGCAAUAGUUGCUAGUGUUAUGUGCCUUUGAAUCAUUUUCUUUAAUUCAUUAUUUUUUGUACCUUUAAGUGAGGUGGAUAACUUCGUGGAUCAGUUUAAUUUAUGUUACAGUAGAUACGGUAAUACGUUCUUAAAGCUUUGCUAAUUUUACUAACUCUCCAAAUCAUUUUAAAUCAGUAAGGUAAAUGAUUUGAUUGUAUGAAUGGUUUUGAACUGGUUGUAGACUGUUCAAUUUCACUUUCUAGGUUUCAAGCACUGAUAGAGUAGAGAUAGAACUUAUGAGUGAUACUUGGCUUUUUUAUGUUUUCAUUUUGUACUGUAUGUGAUUAGUGGGGAUUUUUUAAUUUUUUUUUGUUUUACCACAAUAGGUGUGCUCACUGUAGUGGCUUUUUUAAAAUGUUUCCAUAGUUUGCACUGUAUGAUUCAUUUGAAUUGAGCUUACAAGUGAAUCCCUUUUUGUAGCCAUCUGCUUUGUACGUUGACAAGUAUGAAAAUAAUCGAAAAUAUCACUGUGCUUAACAGUGAGGCUGUAUAUUUCUCUGUUUCUGAAUGUGAAUUGCAUUUAGCAAGACUUGUCUAGUUAAAAGGCAGUUAAACUAGUAAUCAUACAUGAUCCAUUUUUAGCUGUCGUUUGUAGAAAAAGGGCUGCAAAGUGAUAUGUGGUGAUAACAAAUUCAGAAGGAAAAGAAUAUGAAAUUCAGAUCGCAGCUUCAAUGAUUUGCUGUUAGCAUGGGGCCCAAUAACACUACAAAGCUAUAAACUCUGUCUUUCUAGAUUGCCCAGUUAGGUGGCAGAGAUGCAAUUUGUCUUUUCUGAAGCCGCCUGCUGCUUGCUAGCUCCAUCUCCUGUCACAGCCUAUUAGCUCCCCAAGAAAAUUGGUGGGAAAUUGCCUGCAGAUUGUAGGAAAUUGCAUCUCCAGGCCCUGGAAAAAAUGUAGGAUAGCACAACACUGACCCUACCAGAGCAGCUAUUAAUACAGCAAAAGCUGACCUUUGGCAUGGUGUGAAACGACUUUGCUAUUUGCUGAAUAAAGACUGUAUGUGUGGUUGAAGGAGGGUACAAAUUAUUAUCCUGGCUAUGCCUGUAGCCAGCCUGCUGCAGGAAGCUUAAGUAUUAGUGACAGGUUUUGCUGCCCCCCACUCUUUCCUCGUGGAAGAUGGGAGAUGAGAUGUUAGAGGAUCAUCCUGAAAUUUCGUUGUAAGAUGGGCAAAAGCCACCAUGUAUUUAAAUUAUGCUAGUAUAUUUGAUAUAUGAAGGUUUAGUGACAAAACUAAAAGAUGACUUAAGAAGCUAAUUUCAAAUAAAUGUAUAAUUGCUUGUGCUUGGCCCAGCCUUGGUCAGAAAAGGAACAACUUUGUGGCUGUAUACAUUCUGUGUGUAUAUCCAUAACAGACAUUUUAUUUGGGGGCAGUUAUAAUGAAACGGAGAUGAUUUGUUCUGUAACUGCUGAGUGUCAAAGUCAUGGGACACACAUUAAUUCUGAUGGAUUUUUGCAUGAAAUUCCUUGCCGCUAGGAAACUCACUCUUGUCUUGUUUAAACAAAUUCACAUGUUCUUUAUGGUGUGAUAUACAAUGAGUUUCAUACUCUGUCAUUUCUACUAGAGCUACCUUCUGAUCUUGUACUUGGCCUCUGUUUUAUAGGGCCUUUCAAUAAAAGAGAUCUCUCUUCUGAGAGGGGAUAUGUAGAAGUAGUUUGCAACAUAAAUAAUAAUAAUAAAUAAAGGCCAACAUUUUCUUUGAGCUUGUGAUUUUACUUAGUGGGUCCAAAUCCUCCUGAGGAAGGCGUGUGUGUUAAUCAGAAUGAUAUACUGGUCAGGAGAAGUGUGUGUGGAGAGGGCAUCAACAGGGAAAAAGUCAUUUUGCAAUCAAGAGCAUUGUUGUUUUCAAACUCAGCUGAGAUCUGUUGGUAACUGGUGGCUGCCCGGGGAUCUGAGUGAAAUCAAUAUGAUCAUUUCCUAUUGUACUAGUACCCGCUGAUGUAAAUGAGCUGACAUGACUUCCUAAUGCUUGCACAACUGAUUGGAGAAAAUUAGUGGCCUGCCUUAUGUAGUCAGGGCAGAGGAGCUGAACGUAAGGCAGCAUGACAAAAUGAGUGCUGCCGGUGAUUUAAAGCACACUUGAAAGGGAUCGAGAGCACUUCAUAUUACAGGGCUCACUGGGCUUCUAUUUUGAAUGCUUAUGGUCAUACAUGCACAUGUAUGUCAAUCUGAAAUGCUUAUCUGUUGAGGCAUUGUCUUUCUAAAUUAGUCAUAGCACCUCUCAUGGAAGUUAUACAGUUCAGUAUCAUGUGUCUUUCCUCGUAAAACACAAACACGGGAACUGAAGAGCUGUGAUGCUUGAGACUUUAUCCUAUAUUUACAAUAGUUGUUCAUCUUCCAAGAUGUUACAUACUAAUUGCAUUCUCAAAAUAAACCUUGCCAUUCAGGAACA